CACCAUAUAUAUAUAUUGGUAUAUAUAUUGGUAGAAACUGUGACAGACGGAGCAGAUCAAUUGGCUUCCUCUGUGGAGAGGAUUUUGGUUUUCCCGACUGAUCCGAGGAAAUCGGCUGAUGGCAAACCUGCAAAUAGUGCCAGCGGGGAUCACGAAUGUUGUUGAGGCCCAAUACGUAGAGAUGAAGGUGCCUCUUUAUUCUUACGGGUGCGAGAAGAAAGUCAAGAAGGCCCUAGCCCAUCUCAAAGGUAUAUACUCGAUCAUUGUGGAUUACCAAGAGCAAAAGGUGACGGUGUGGGGAAUAUGCAACAAGUACGAUGUGCUGGCAAGCAUCAGAAACAAGCGCAAAGGAGCCUGUUUUUGGAAACCCGAAGACAGCACCCAACUUCUAGCACUGGAGAAAUUGCAAACGCCGCCAUCCUCGCCCCAAUCUGAUUCAUGUCCAAAUCCGAAGCCCACUUCCGCUUCCGCUCCAUCUUUGGCCCUCGUCACCAAAGGUUUAGGUCGGUCACUCAGCUGGAACACUUGGAAGAAGGUCUUCAUCAGGUCCUACUCCUUUUAAUUGGAUUUGAGCAUAAGAGAUUAUCAGAGUCAGGCCCCUAUUAUUCAUUACUACCAACUUCCACGCGUAAAUAUCAAUUGUUUCUACUUUCGUUUUACUUCAAG